AUGGCACGGGGACAAACAUCCGAUGUGGGAAAAGUGAUACUAGAAAAUGCUCCACAAAAUGAUACUUUGACUUGUCCUAUGAUCCAAAAAGACAUUGUCAAUGCUUGUGCAAAAGAAACGGUGAAAGCUAUAAUUGGAGAAUUGAAUGGAGAUUACUUUGGUAUAUUAGUGGAUGAGUCCAAAGAUAUCUCACACAAAGAACAAAUGGCUCUCGUGUUGCGGUAUGGUGAUAAGAAUGGUGCGGUGCUAGAACGAUUUAUCGGUCUAGUCCAUGUUAGUGAUACAUCGGCAUGCUCAUUAAAGAAAGAAAUCUACUCUUUGCUUUCCAAUCACUCACUAAGUCCAUCUAAAAUACAUGGACAAGGAUCUUUUAAGCGUAGAGAUUUAAUUCGUCAUCAUCAAGCUGAAAAGUUGGAGCAGUUACUUGAAUCAGGUGAAGUUCAUACUGGACGAGGACUAAAUCAAACGCGCGGACUUCAAAGACCAGGUGAUACUCGUUGGGGAUCGCAUUUCAAAACAUUAGAUAACUUUAUUGUUAUUUUCUCAACUAUUGUUCAUGUGCUUGAAGUGAUUAAACAUGAAGGUUCCACCUCAAGUGAUAGAAAUCAAGCAAAAUAUCUUUUGAUUGAGAUUAAAACAUUCAAAUUUGUUUUUAUGCUUCACUUGAUGUUAAAAGUGUUGGCAAUGUCAAAUGAGUUGAGCAAGAUUUUACAAAAAAAGGAUCAAGAUAUUAUCAAUGCGGUGGAUUUUCUUAAGAUUGCAAAAGAAAGAUUGCAAGAUAUGAGGGAAACUGGAUGGAAGCCUUUGUUGGAUGAUGUUUCCUCAUUUUGUGAUGAACAUGAUAUUUUGAUUCCCAAGUUAGAUGAGUCUUAUUUUCCUGGAAAGUCAAAGCGUAAGUCUUUUGGUGUUUGUUAUUCACACCACUUGCGUAUUGAAAUCUUUUGUGCCGUGAUUGAUGUGCAACUUCAAGAGCUUAAUGAUCGUUUUGAUGUAGCGAGUAGUGAUUUGCUUCUUGGGAUGGGUAGCUUGAAUCCAAUCAAUUCUUUUGCUAAUUUUGAUAAAGGUAGAAUCAUGACUUUAGCAAAUGGUAAUCCCAAGUUCUCCAACUUGCAAGGAAUUCGUGAUUUGGCAAAAGCAUUGGUUGAGGCAAAUCUUGUGGAUACUUAUUCACUUGUUUAUUUACUUGUGAAGUUAACUCUGAUCUUACCUGUUGCAACCGCAACCGCGUGGAGAGAGCAUUCUCAUCCAUGA